UGACGUCAGUGUCUGUUAGGUCCUCCUUCUGCCGCUCGCAACCUAAAGAAAGCGCAACUGCUUCGUUUUCGUCUUUGCUAAAAUAAACUGAAAAUUUCCCAAAUCCUGUAAAGUAAUGGUGGAACCAGGAGCGACAUCGGCAUCAGGGAUCGUGCUGUGGAAACUUUGGAGAAUUCGAAACUAGAAACGAGAAACAGGUGGAGUUGAAGAUUCGCCCUCUAUGCGCCUUCAAGCAGCAGAUUUUUAAGACGAGACAUCACGUCCGAGUGGACGAAGUGAGGACGGACUGGCCAGUACAAGCUAAAGAGGAAGCGACCGAAGACCAGUGGACUGGGCUGGACUGGACUGGGAGAGACGGGGUUAUUAGUGAAGAAACAGAAAAGGAGAAGCGUGACGAACAAGGCCCCCCUGAAGGUCCUGAGCUGAUGGCCCACACUGCACUGAACGCUUUGGCCAUCUGUAGCGAGAAUGGCGACAGAGGUGCAGGCCAUGGAGUCUGGAAAACUGAAGAGUUUACUGAGCAGCCUCAUGGAGACAUUAAGGAUGAAGACGCCCAAGUAGACAUUAUGAGUGCUUCAGAUGAUUAUCUGAAGCAGGAGUCCAUCAGUAUUAAGAAGGAGGAGCUCAGCAUUAAAGUGGAGGUCACACAAGGGGAGCAGGUGUCUCCUUUGCCAUGCAGAGAUGAAGAUUUAUCAACUGACCACAAAGUUAACGAAAGCCAUCAAGGGUGGAAUCUGGAGGGCAGUCCAUCAUCAUCUCAGCAAGAGUGUAGGGCUGGAGAUGAGCCGGUGAAUGAAGGGACACAAGGGAAGAUGGGUGAGGAGCAGGCGGUAGAAGAUCUGGAAAAUCCUCAGCCCCGCAGUCAACUACAACUCCUCCAAAUCCAGCAGAAGAAUCACAAAGGAAAAAAGUCCAAUCAGUGCGCUGAAUGUGGGAAGACGUUCACCAAGGCAUCGGCCCUCAACGCGCACCAACGCAUUCACGCGGGUGACAGAAUGUAUGGGUGUCCCAAGUAUGGAGGGACUUCCAAGGCGUCACCGAAGCUUAAAGCUCAUGAGAGAAUUCACACCGGAGGAGAAGUGGACGAGGAUUCAGAGUGCGAAUAUCCUAAAGGGUCUUCUCAGGACAAAGAAGGAACUUCUCGUUUUGGCCCCACGUUGGAGACCAAACUAGAAGAACGAGUUACAGGUUUGCACUUUUUCAAACCUCUUCCACUCUUUCAUGAUCAAAUUUCUAGUUCCAUUAAACAGGAAAAUGUUUCAGAUUUGCCCUCUGGGGUUUCCGACCAUGGAAGGAAGCAGGAGUCCCUCAGCAUUAAGACGGAGGAGUUCAUCGGUAUUAAAGAGGAGGACACAGAAGUUGAAGUUUCUUCUACUGUUAAAAAAGAAAUGCUUACUCCAGUAUGCUCUACAGAGAAGUCUAUGGACUCGAAUAUGACAGAUGAUCAUGAAAUGCACCAGAACAUUGAAAAAGAAGAAAAAACACAUCAGUGUCAUAGGUGUGGAAAGAAUUUCCCUUUGGAUUCAGGUCAAAGAUUGCAUGUAGGAGAUCAAACAGAAGAAAUCGCUUAUCAAUGUACAGAUUGUGAAAAGUCUUUCAGUCAGCGUCUACAACUUUCACAUCAGCAAGGAAACCCCACAGGGAACAAACCUUACCAAUGUACUGAAUGUGGGAAGAGUUUCAAACAGAAGGUAUUCUUUAAAAAUCAUAUGAGAAUCCACACAGGGGAAAAACCUUACCAGUGUACUGAAUGUGGGAAGAGCUUCCGACUGGGUGCAGUCCUGAAAAGACACAAGAGAAUUCACAGCGCAGAGAGACCCUACCAAUGUAGUGAAUGUGAGAAGAGCUUCAAACAGAAGGUAGGUCUUAAAAAUCACAUGAGGAUACACACAGGGGAAAAACCUUACCAGUGUACUGAAUGUGGCAGGAGAUUCCGCUGGAAUCCCCACUUUAAACUUCACUUGAGGUCUCACACAGGCGAAAAAGCGUACCAGUGCAGUGACUGUGGAAAGAGUUUCACACACAAAAGAAAUCUCGUCGAACACCGCAAAGUUCACAGUGGAUUAAAACCUUACCAGUGUGGUGAAUGUGGAAAAACUUUCAUACGCAGAACAAAUCUCUCCCAGCACUUGAAAGUUCACACGGGAGAAAAAACUUACCAAUGUCAUGAAUGUGGAAUGGGCUUCUGGAGGAAAUCGUAUCUCGAAGAACACUCGAUGUAUCACACCGGCAAAAACCUCCUACAGUGCAGUGAAUGCGGUGAGCAUUUUACAAACCAAAAACGUCUCAGCCGUCAUCAUAAAGUCCACAGAGGAGAAAGACCUUACCAGUGUAAUGACUGCGAAAAGACGUUUAAGCAAUAUGGGCACCUUAUGGUUCAUCGGAGGUCUCACACAGGUGAGAAGCCAUACCAGUGUGCUGAAUGCGGGAAGUGUUUCACUCAGAGUGCAGCGUUUACAAUUCAUCAAAGAAUUCACUCGGGUGAAAAACCUUUCCAGUGUUCGGAGUGCGGGAAGAGUUUCAGGCAGGGUUCAGGCCUCCGACAGCACCAAAAAAUUCAUGCAAAGAAGAAAAACAGUAGCAGUGUAAGGAAUGUCGAAGGUCUGUCAGCCGAAGCGCACACCUCAGACGUCAUCAGUUGAUGCCUAUGAAGUGCGAUUUGCUCCUGUCAAGACGGAGCAGAGAAAAUUAAAUAACACACAUGAAGAGAUCAGCCCUAAAGGAGAGACCUUAUCAUUGUCAUACAGUGGAUUGAGAAAGUGUUCCUCUCCUUCACUUUCUGCACGCUUAAUUGUGUUGUAGAUUUAAUUUUAAAUUGAAGAGUUUGCCACUAAUGCUCAUCAAUCAAAAAUGCAUUAAGAAUUAAAAACUGAAAUCUGCCAUCCUAGAAUUAUUCCGACCCUUUGCUGUGGCACUCCAAAUUAUUCUCUUGAGCCCCCGUUUGCUGUAAUUCUCUUUGAGAUGUGUCCAGAACUUGAUUGAAGUACACCUAUAGUUUUAUUAGAUGUUGCAAAGGAAGAAUAAGGGUAUGUAUAAUUAAAAAAAAAGACCCCAGCAGAGGGUGAUGGUGUUGGUUAUUCCACAACCAUGCAGAACCUACCAUCUAUUUCCUUUACCACCCUCAAACUAUACUGCCGCCUCCCUGGUCUUCCAAUACUCCUUCAUUGGAGUCCACCCACGUAAAACUGUACUGAUUGGACGUUGUUUAGAAAGGCACACGUGUACCUAUAGACAGAAGGUCCAACAAUUCACAUUGCAGCUCGGGCAAAAAAGCAAACCAUGAAAUCCAAGGAACUCACUGUAGACCUCUGUGGUCAAAUUGUGGCGUGGCACAUAUCAGAGCAAGGGGAUCAGACCAUUUCUACAGCCUUUUGAGUGUUGUUACUGUGGCCUCAAUAAUCAUGACACUGAAGAAGCUUGUAGCUUCCAGGACUCUUCCUAGAGUUGACUGAGUAACUGGGCAAAGAGGGCCUUCAUCAUUAAGGUAAUGAAGAACCCAAUGGUCACUCUAGCUUCUUAUGUCUUCUACUGAGAUGGGAGAACUUGUGAGAAGGACAAUCAUCUCAGCAACACUCACCGUUUAUGGUAUAGUGGCUCGAUGGAAGCCACUCUUGAGUAGAAGUCAUAUGACAUGUUAAAGGACUCUCAGCACACAAGAAGAAAGAUUCCCUGGUCUGAUGAAAUAAAUAUUGGAGAUUCUGGACAGAACUUCAAGCAUUAUGUCUGGUAAAGUCCAGACCCUGCUCACCACCUGCCUAAUACCAGUCUGACGGUAAUGCAUGGUGGUGGCAGCAUCAUGCUAUGGAGGUACAAAUCAGGAUCAAGACUGAGAAAAGGAUGAAUGCAGUGAUCCUUGAAGAAAACCCUGCUCCAGACAGCACACCACCUGAGAAUGGAGCAAUGGCUCACCUUUCAAUGCAGCAAUGACCUGAGGAGAACACUGCUAUCCUCUGAGUGGUCCAGUCUUAAACUCCAUAGGAAAUGCAGGUAGAGACCAGAUGAUGGCCAUUUACAGAGGCUUCCCAUCCAAUCUAGUGGAGCUUGAGAAGAUCUACCAGGAAGAAUUGGCUAAACUGCCCAAAUCCAGGUGGGCAAAGAAUUACCCAAAAAUACCCAAAGGUGGAGUUGCUGCCAAGGGGGCCUCUCCAAAGUAGGAGAAUAAAGGCCUGAAUACUUCUAUGAAGUUCAGAUAUAAUUUUUUGGAUUUUGAAUACAUUUGCAAACCUUUCUGAAAACUUGUUUUAGAUUUGUCGUCAUGGGUUACUAAGUGCAGAUUGAUGAGCGAUAAAAUGACAAAUGUUUCUAUUUAAAAUGAGAAUCUACAACACAGUAAAGUGCAGGCGUCUGAGUGUGCCCUGAAUCUGUGGAAAAUACAGAAAGACUUUGAGUCACAAUACAUCUGCUAGAAUUCACCAAAGAAAUUACACGUUGAAGAAAAGCCCAAGGAAGAGUUCAUCAGGAGACGAGGAGCUUAAACCACAUUGAGUCUUAAAGUCCAUGGGCUCUGAAGUCAAACAGAGAAGUUCAGUGCGGUGGGCUUCAGUUUUCAAACUGUGUCAUCAAGGAGAAAUUGCUUAAUAAAUAAACAAAAAAAUCAAAUUUGGUGACGUUUGCUUGAAUAACCCGUGACUUUUACUGUGCCAGGGUCCAUCGGUCAUGGAGACGUUCAGGUUCUCACUGUUUCUAAAGUUUAUUUUGGGGACACAGAGACAUGUAUAGAGGCUCAAAUGAAUUGGUAAUAAAGUAUAUAUUAUACAAAUAAAAUAGUCGAAUAAAAAUAUUAAACAAACAGUGUGUACUCAAAUGAGAGGCGACCUUUGGUUCAGGUCUCGUCUCGGCCCUUCUUAAAGGUUUCUGCUUCCACUCCAUGUCUUGGUAUUUUGUUCCUGAAGUCCCACAACUCUUUGUGUGAAGAAGUGUAUCCCGAUGUUUGUAGAAAUUCAGUAAAAUUACAAAUCAAACAAUUCUGACAUUGUGAUCAAAGUGCACAUUGCAGACUUUCAUUGAAGUGGAUUUGCAGACAUUUCUGUCACACCACACUCUUUCUGCG